AUGUCGUUUAACAAUGCCCUCUCGCCGCCAGACUCACUAGAUGCUGCGCUCAGCAACUCUGCACGCAGUGUCUACACGGCGCCACCGAACCCAGCCACUCUGACCCCCGACAUGAGCACUCCAGAGACCAGCGGCCAAUCCUCGACGGUUUCAUUCUCGACGUCUCUAGAGCCUACCGUUCUACAGGCAGAAGAAUACCUCACCUCGUUUCAUACUCAACUACUACCCUACUUCCCGUGUGUAUAUAUUCCCCCAGGAACAACCGCGCAGCAACUACGGCUUGAGAGGCCGUUCACCUGGCUGUGCAUCAUGGCCGUGACGUGUAGGGCUGCAGGGCAACGGCGGGCGCUUUACGAAAAGAUUAAAACCAUCGUGGCUCAGCAGAUGGUGCACAAUUCUGCCAACACAGACAUUGAUAUUCUGUUAGGACUUCUGAUCUACCUCGGGUGUAACUCGACGUUUGUCCAGAGAACGGAUUCGCUACGAUGGACACCUUUUAUGGACGAGUGCCUCAAAUUGCUGGAGAAACAGCAGGAAUGCCUGAACGACGAAAUUCUGGCACAACAGGUCAGGUUGCAACUAAUUAGCGACAAACUCAACCUUGGUCCGUACCAUGGAGGGCUGGCCGCAACCCCGGAUCCAAUUCAAGCACCCCCUGCCUUCUAUCUCCACUCAAUGCAUGCGCAAUUGCGAAGCAUCCAACCCCGCGUUGCACCAAAACUCGCAAAGCCACAUAAUGCUCCCGUGAUCUCCAAAAACCUAAACUUUCAGCAGCUGGAGCAUCUUUAUGCCUGCCUGGAAGCCACCAAGUCAUGGUUCGAUCUAUUCUUGACCAUCCCGCCGGUGGAGUACAUCGGGUUUCCCUUCUCAAUAUUCGCACAAAUGGUGCACAACCUCGUGAUUCUCUAUCAGCUGUCGACUUUCGAGGACCCUGCCUGGGACAUAGCUACCGUUCGGCAAACGGCAGAUGUCCUCUCAAUUCUCAGUACAGUGAUUCGGAAUAUGAGCCAGGUUGCAUCCUUGGCGGGCCUGGACGGUGAGCCCGACAGUGAUGUUUUCUCCCGAGUCGCCAAGAUGUACAGAUCCGUGCAGAUGGGGUGGGAAGUCAAACUCGGCCCUAAGCCCCUUUCGCUCGCAAGCACCCACUCCAGCCAGUCUGUCCCAGAACCUCUUGAUACCAUGCCCAUUAACUUCCCUUUAAUGUCUGACAAUGACUGGCUGUCCGAUAUGCUCAAUUCAAUCACACACACCAACCGCUCUGAAGUCUGA